AGUGCAUUAUCAAUUAACCAUGGAUUAGUAGCAAUUGGGAUAUUAUUUCAUGAGCAUGGGUUAAUUUCCUUGAGUUUUGCUGUUAGAAUUGUGAGUAUUUUGUCUAAAAUGCUGUUGGGAAUAUUUCUAUUCAUUGAGAAAAUGUGUUUUUGCAAUUUUGGAUAUAGUUUCUUCAUAUACAAAGUAUGGAUGCAAAUGGAUUCGUAUGAUCCUUUAGGGGCAAAUUUAUAUAGGAGAACUAUAUCUUGUUUUGGAUUCUCAAUCCUGGUAACUCUUAUGCUUAUGACUACCAAGAUUGGGAAGAUUGUUUUGAAGGACCACAUUGAUGAUUAUAGACUCCUGGAGGAUAGUUUAAAAUAUGAGAUUUGCUAUUUUGCAAAGGGUUUUGGUGAUUUAGGUUGUUCUUUUCAGAAAAAAGAUAUAUAUAUAUGGUAUAUGGUUGCUUGUCUACUUGAUGAUGGCAUGAAAUGAAUGGUGGCAAAGAGUUGUUUUAGGGCAAUUUGGAGUGGGUGCCUCAGCUGGGAGAGGUAUGGGUGCAUGGCAGCAAGAUCUUUAUCUUUCCAUGUCACUGUAUACUUAUUCUGGUGGCCUUUCUUUUCCUCCAUUCUUUGUUGUAAGCAGAAAUGGACUCCUUGCAUGCUAAUGGUCCGUUGUGAUCUCUCUGCCCUUGUUCAAUUUGGUUUUUCCCUUGUUUCACUAGUAGGAGGUCUCUUCUUGGAAGUGCUGUUGCUUUGCACAAUUGCUGGUGGUGUGGAAUUAAGUUUUGGCAUAUAUAUGCCAAAUGUUGAGCUUCUUGCUCAAGAUUCUGAGCAAAAGCUUUUACAAUGUGCGCACUUUUGUUCAAAGAGUAUGUCUUCCCCAACGUCAUUUUCUGCAGAGAUGUACUUAGUAAGCAGUCUGCUUAACAGAUCUGAGAAAUUUUCAAAAUUCAAAGCGUCUGUUGCUGAAUAUUUUCCUGGUAUUGGCUUCAACUUUAUACAUUAUUCAUUCUCUAUCUAGACUUAUUUUCCCCUUGAUUGUGGAUUUCAAGCUAGAAAUAAUUUGUUAUGCGGCUGCUGACUUAUGCAGUUUAAAGUUAAUUAUCCCUGGGUUAGUUGAUCAGUUAAAUUUGAUGAAAAAGGUUAUGUUGCCUCACCUGUUAACACAACAUCUACAGGUAAUGCAAUUGAUUUCUGUUGACUCUGGAUGUUUUUUUGCUGCUCAAAAAAUUGUAAUUUUUCUAUUUUCCAGGAAGCUAAACCACAUUCUUUGUGUAUGUUGACGUCAUUUACUUGAGAAGUUCUUUUAAUUUAAUGUUCUUCAUAUUAUUUGAUUGUUCUCCAUGAUAUUGCAAAUAAUUAUAAAUGGGUUUGUCUAACCUAUGCCCUUGGGGUACAGUUUAAGAUUAAUUAAUUAGGUUAUCUGUAAUACCCCAAAAUUUCUAGAGUAUUAAAGUGGACUAAAAAGAAAACAAAUUAGGAUAAGGAUUAAGCUUAGAUAUUUUUCUUUUCUUCCUCAUCUUCACGCGGGUCUGCUCUGUCUUCUUCCCGAUCCUUCCUCCCGAAAAGCCCCCAAGCCACCGAUUUUCUCCCCUUGAACAACCCGGUGAAGGCCUCUUGAAAUUUCCCUCCUUUCUUGCUCAAAAACCAAGUUGCAGGCCUAGAACACUCUCCUAAACCCAGAAAUUUUCCAGAUCUGCGCUGUCCUCUUCCCCUCUGUCCGCCGGCCUCUGCUGUGUGGGGUUGGGUUCGGUUUUCUGGUAAGAUUCAGCCAUGAAUUCCUCUCUUUAACUUUGAUUUAGCUUGAGUUAACUUUGGUUUUUCCAUUUUUUGGUUGUUCGUUAGUUCCCCUGCAGCUUGCCACCGGCUUCUUCUUCUCCCUGCAGCUCCGGUUUUAGCUGGAAAAUUCUGGUAUGGACAGCCCUUUUAAGUUCGAAUUUAUCAAUUAAUUGUUGUCCAAUUAGUUGCUCUGCGUUGUCCGAGAUCCCGCCGGAAUUAUGGGAUAAUUGUGGGUAGCAUAAAAUGUGUUUUUAAGCUUGGGUUAAGGAUUGUUUUGCAAAAGACAAUUGAUUGAAUACAAGUCCUGUUCUUCCAUUUUUCUGUCUGUGGAAGUAGAAAUCCAAAUUGGGUUUUCUCGGUUGAUGGAUAAAUGUAAUUUAGGAGCUUUUGAGUGAAAUUAGGGAUUGAUCUAUUGAUUAGACUCGGGUUUAAGAGGGUUUGUGACCAUUUUGCUCAUAAGUUACCUUUACUGUUCAUGUGCACUGUUCACGGAUACUGUUCAUAGGCACUGUUCACACACAGAGGGUUAACAAUUAACGGGGAUUUAAAUGAUUAGUUUGUGAUAUAAGAAUAAAUUUGGAGAGGUCCGGUUAUGUGGAGAUUGAUAGGAAUAAUAUCGUGAUUAGGGAUUAGUCAUGAUGAUUUCAACUUGAAUUUGUGAUAGUUCGGUAUUAAUUCUAAGGUGUUUUGGUUAGGUUCCCGAUCGUCCUGUCAGUUAGCACCGUGAAUUGAGCCUUUGGUUUUAAGCGAGUGAGGAAGUGAAACCGAGGACGGGGAAACCAUGGGAAGUGACGAGUUAGAAGGCUAGCCAUUUCGAGAUUGACAUAGAUUUUAGAAAUAAAUCAUGAUCUUGUAAUCCAAAGUGUAUUUGGAGAUUCUAUGAUAUUAGAGUAAAUUUUAAGGAUUUUUAUCGACAGAUUUAGUGGUAUCAGAUGAGAAUUGGUUAAGUUCCGAGCCUUGUGCAUUUGUGGAACCUACCUCACGAGUGCACGGCGUCUGUCGUGCCUCGGAUUUAGGUUCUGGGGCGUGACAUUAUCUUUAAUUAAUUUUGCACAAAUUUUUAUAUUAGAUUCAUAUCUUUUUACAGAUUUUGAGUAUAAAUAUUAUAUUUUAUUUUAUUUUUACAAUUUAUAUUUUAUUUUAUUUAAAUCUUAUUAGUUCCUAAUUUUAGAUGAAAUGAAGGACUCUAACUUUAGACUCAAUACAAAUAAGGACCUAUUUUCUUUAACUAAUUGCAAAUAAGGACUGGGAUAUCACAGGAACUUGUCAUGCUGCUUCAUUUUGGGACAUCUAAGGUAGAAAGAGAGAUGAAGACCGCAUCUCACAAAAGAUAAGAUGAAGACCACAUCUUAGAAGUCACAUCUUAGAUGAAGACCGCAUCUAAGGAAGAAAGAGAGAUGAAGACU